UGCAGUGAUGUAGUCAGUGGGCAUACCUGUUGUAUUCCACAUGAUUCUGCAUGUAAUGGCACGGUGCUGACAGCUGUGCACUGUUACUGUAGAGAAUAAAAUGCAUCCCUCUUAUUAAUGUGCCUUGAACAAGCUUAAUAUGUCGACGGAAGUUCUCAGCCCUGAGUGUGGUGGAGGGGGCAGUGGGGGGAAACUGGACGCACUGGUGGGGAAGCUUCAUGAAUAUCUGGCCGUGUCCACACAGGAAGGCAGUGUGUUCAGCCAGCCUGGGCACUGGAGCGGAGAGAUGGCUAAAGAUUUCAUCAAACAGCAGACGUCGGCUGGGGCCGUGGAGGAGGCGAGUAGGCCCUCAGAGAACAGGAAAUCACAUUCGUCUUGCUCUAGGAGGAAGCCGUCAGUGGUGAUCAGACACACAGGCCUGGACGAGUCGAACGCGUCCUCGGAGAGCACGACGGAAGAUGCUGCCUCCAACAACUCAUACAGUGACCCCGACCUGACCUCUCUCCCCAAAGGCACAGUGGUGGUGAGGCCGGAGCCAGUGAGCAGUGAAGUGCGAGACGACUUCCGAGGCCCAGAGUUCCGCAGUAAAAGAGCGGGAAAGCCGCACAGGGAAUUCUCCGACAGGCGGAGAGGGUUUGAGCUGGAGAGAGUGAACUGCACAGCCUGUGGCCAACAGGUCAACCAUUUCCAAAAGGACUCUGUCUUCCAGCAUCCUGUUCUCAAAGUCCUCAUCUGCAAGUCCUGUUUCAGGUACUACAUGAGUGAUGACAUCAGCAAAGACUCGGAGGGAAUGGACGAACAGUGCAGGUGGUGUGCAGAGGGAGGGAACCUGAUUGGUUGUGACUACUGCAGUAACGCCUUCUGUAAGAAGUGUGUCCUGCGAAACCUGGGCAGGAAGGAGUUGUCAGCCAUCAUGGAUGAGGACAGGAAGUGGUACUGUUACGUGUGCAGUCCUGAACCUCUGUUGGACUUGGUACUGGCUUGUGACUCGGUUCUGCAGAACCUGGAGCAGCUCUGGGCCAGAAAGCGUCCUCGGCAUGACAGUGACCGACCCGGCCCAUUCAGGGGAGCAGGCGGAGCCCGGGGAAGGGCACGAGGGAGGGGUUAUGGGGGGACCACCUCUCUAGCAACCUCUAGCCUAUCUCAUCGCAUGCAGCACCUGGUUGACAUGACAACAACACUGAGCCGCUCCUUCGUGACUUUCAUGCAGAGCGGAGGAGAGGAAGAGGGUGAGGAAGAGGAGGAUGAGACAUUAAGAGUUAACUGGCUACAAGGAUUCCGCAAUGUCCUGGAAGACCUCCGCAGGGCACAUGAUGCAUUGCAGGAUGCUCUGGACAGCCAGGUUGUUGGAGGGAAGCACAGCCAGGUUGGCGGAGGAGGGUGUGACAUGGAUGCACAGCGACCUCGGGGCAGGGGUCGCCCCAGGGUCAAGUUCCGGGCAGCCCAGCCCACUGGGGUGAUGAAGGAGCUGGUGGUGAAGCUGACUCCCGUCACUAUGACGACGGAACUCAGCGCUGUUAAGAACGCUGCGGUCGGGGAGGACGAGCAGCAGGCAGUGCUGAAGAGAGGUGACAAUCAGCCUCUGAACAAAAACCAAACAGAAAAACAGGAAGAAGAGAAAAAUGAGGCAGACCAGGGAAGGGAGGAAGAGAUGGAUGGUGUUGAUGAGGAGGAAGAGGGCGAUGAAGUCAGUAUUUGCCCUCUGUCAGAAGAGAGCAAGCGAUCCCCACGAGUAAAGACCACCCCGCGCCGUCGCCCCGACGACUGGCAGAGCCAAUCAGAUGAGCACCUUGCUGAGUGCCCAGCACCGGGCCCCGCACAGCGUGUGGCGGUUGAUCGUACUGUUCUGGUGGAGGACUCCGACUCCGACGAAAUGCCAGCCAUCCUGCGGCAGACGGCUGCUAUGGCAACCACCGAGGGAGAGGACGGAGUCGAUAGCGAUGAGGAUCAGGAUACAUCUGCCGUGAGAAAGCAACAUCUCUUUGGCUUGAUGAAGACCACACCCCCAAGUCAAGACAGAGCCAACCGUAAACGCAAACUAACAGAGCGAACUUCAUCAACGUCUUCGUCAUCUUCCUCUUCGACUGGCACACAGGACUCAAAGAGACGGCUGAGGGGGAGGCCGCGCAAGGUUGCCAGGACAGAUGCGCGAAGCGAUACCUCGUCAUGCGACACUGGGGACACUGACUCAGAUGAUCAAAAGAUUAAACCUCUCACAGAGGGAAUCUCUCUGCUGGGAUCCGGAACGUUCCAGCAGUCAUCCGGGGAUGAGGGGGAUGGUCGGCCUAGUUUGUCACUGGCUUUGGAAGAUGAUGACCCAGAGAAUAGAAUCGCCAAACAAAUCCUCUUGACCCAAAUCAGAGCCAACCACUCUUCCUGUGAGGACUCCAGUUCAGAUGGGGAGUCAGAGAGUGAGACAGCACAGCGAGCGGAGUCAGAGGUGUCCCAGAGGACAGACAGAGAGACAGAGGGGAGUGAGACAGAUGAAAGUAGAGAGGAAGAAGGUGGACUAAACCAGGACCAUGAACACAAAAUGAUACUCUUCAACAUUGUGAAGAGCACAGCCCUGCCACUGACAGCACAGACAGUGAAACUGAACCUCCAAAGUCCCGACACCGUCACACUCUGCUACGUCACCCGCUCACCCUCUCAGACACUGCCUCAAAAAGCCCUCAGAACGCUGAGCAGCAGGGAUCACCCAGUCCCAGAGCAGAUGGAGAGCUCAAUGAGUCGCUACAUGUCCCAGGAGGGUUUGUCAAAGGGACGGAGACAAAUCCGCGCCAUCCUGGAGGAGAGCCAGUUGGCUGCCGAGACCCAGCAGGCACUGAGGGAGGAGGAGGAGCGCAGGAAGCGACUGGCACAGAGAGAGGAAGAGGAGAGGAGAGAGAGGGACGCCCAUAGUGAUCCUGAGGUGCAGCUGAUUUCUGUGUCCAAAGGCCCUGCCCCCCUGAUUCUGGAACACCAAAAAGACACCCAUGUACCACUGGUGGAGGUGCACCCUCACCUGGUCAGCAAACUCAAACUCCAUCAGAGAGAGGGCGUGCGGUUCAUGUGGAACUGCUGUUGUGAGUCUGUGCAGAAGGUGAAGACAUCAGUUGGAUCUGGCUGUAUUUUGGCACACUGCAUGGGGCUGGGCAAAACCCUCCAGGUGGUGACGUUCCUUCACACGGUGUUGCUGUGUGAGAAGCUGGGGUUUAAGACGGCUCUGGUCCUGUGUCCACUCAACACUGUACUGAACUGGCUCAGUGAAUUCCACAAAUGGCAGCAAGGAAUGAGAGGACCAACACUGAUGGUGAUGGUGCUGGACAGAGGGAAGGUGACUGGUGGUCGUGCUAAGACUCUGGCUCUGUGGCAGAGAAGUGGUGGAGUGAUUAUAAUGGGUUAUGAGAUGUUCCGGAACCUCACUCAUGGCAACAGCAAAAAGUCCCAAACCCACAGGGACACUUUUCGUGCCGCUCUCUUAAACCCAGGGCCUGAUUUUGUGGUGUGUGAUGAAGGACACGUGCUGAAGAAUGAGAUGUCGGUCAUUUCUCAGGCUAUGAGCACCAUCCGCACACGCCGGCGAAUCAUACUGACGGGAACUCCCUUACAGAACAACCUGAGCGAGUAUCACUGCAUGGUAAACUUCAUUAAGGAGAACCUGCUGGGUUCCUUGAGAGAGUUCCGGAAUCGUUUUAUGAACCCGAUCCAAAAUGGACAGUGUGCUGACUCCACCCCUGCUGAUGUCCAGCUGAUGAAGAACAGAGCGCAUGUCCUCCACUCACUGCUGGCAGGGUGUGUCCAGAGGCGGGAUUACUCUGUUCUGACACAGUUCUUGCCACCCAAACACGAGUAUGUUCUGGCAGUAAGGAUGACUCCUCUACAGUGCCAGUUAUACACACACUACUUAAAGAAUUACACCGGUCAGUGUGGAGUUAGGAGCCUGUUCCAGGAUGUGCAGCUUCUCAGUCAAAUCUGGACUCAUCCAUGGUGUCUGCAGCUGGCCUACAGGAACAAAGAGGGUGGGAGAGACAAUCCUGCCCGUGUUACCAAGGACAUGAGGAAGUACUUUGUCAAAGAUGAGAAGAAACGGGAGGAGGGUGCAGAUGCAGAUAAGGCUGAGGGCAGAGACAACUCUGUCAGGGAUGUGGAGAGAACAGAGGAGUCCUCUACAGCUCACCCCACUGAGGAAGUGAGAGAGGAUGUGGGCAGUGCCCUGCAGGGGCCACGGCCAGGCUGGUACCAAGAGUUCGUCUCUGCCUCAGACGCCACCGUCCUGGAACACUCCGGAAAAAUGGUUCUUCUCUUUGAGAUACUACGGUGUGCCGAAGAGCUGCAGGAGAAAGUGCUGGUCUUCAGUCAGUCCCUCGUCUCUCUGGACCUGAUUGAAGAGUUUCUACAGUAUGUAAAUGAUGCAAAGAAGAGGAACCAACCAUCCUCAUAUAAAGGGAGGCUGUCGUGGGAGAGACAUGUUGAUUACUACCGUCUGGAUGGCUCCACCACUGCCCUAGCACGCAAGAACUCAGCUCAGAAAUUCAACAACAAUCAAAACAAACGAGGGCGGCUGUUUCUCAUUUCUACGCGAGCUGGCUCUUUGGGGAUAAACCUGGUGGCUGCUAACAGAGUUGUGCUUUUCGACGCCUCAUGGAACCCCUCCCAUGAUAUCCAGAGCAUCUUCAGAGUCUAUCGCUUCGGCCAAAUCCGACCUGUGUUUGUCUACCGUCUCCUGGCACAGGGGACAAUGGAGCAGAAGAUUUAUGAGAGACAAGUGGCCAAACAGUCGCUGUCAUCACGCGUUCUGGACGAACAGCAGAUAGAGAGACACUUUACACACAGCCAGCUCAGUGACCUGUACCGCUUCCACCCUGAACCAGCAUCUGACCACACGGCCAACACCACCACACUGUUACAGGACUCGAUCUUGGCUGCCCUGUUGGAGAAGUGCGGGUCUUACAUUGUUAGUUACCAUGAGCAUGAUUCCUUACUGGACCACAAAGAGGAUGAGGAGCUGAGUGAGGAAGAGCGCAGAGCAGCAUGGGCAGAGUACCAUGCAGAGAAGAACCAGACAUAUCAGCACUCCAGUUUAAGCAAAUAUUCUCUCGCAAGUCUCUGCAGGAAGACCAAUGAGGAGCUGGAGAUGCUCUUGAUGCAAAAUCGUCAAGGUCUGAAGGAUUUGCUACAAAGAAUUAUCCCAUCCUUCAGUCUUGAACAGCAUGUUGAGAAUCUGAUGAAAGCCAACCCAGGGCUGACCAGAGAUAAGGCCCUGCCUAUGGCUGUGAGUUGUCUGAAGAAUGCAGAGAAAGAGCAGCGAAGCAGAGAAGAGCUCUACCAACAGAAGCUCAAUGAGCAGCAAACACUCAUCGUAAACGUUCAGAAGAUUCUGUCCAGCAGGAAAAGCUGUGCCUCUCACGGCACCCAGCCCAUCGCCAUCACACAGCCAACCAAUCACAAACCACCUACUGCUGCUGAUCCCAGAACAGUCACCUCACCUCCCUCCAGCACCCCAAAGGCCCACAGAGACGUCUUUGUGAUUGACCUGCUGUAAACCACUCACGUUUCUUCCCUAGCCUUGCUCAUGUAGCUCGGAUUGGCUUAAAAACAGAUUUGGCUUAAAUCACUGUUUAUUAGCACUUUAUGGAGACUUGCCUGCAUCACGGGGAGAACGUGAGAGUGAAUGAAUGUAUUUCUUCUCAGCGCCCCUGGGUCAGCAUUCUAACGGUGCCAACGACUGAGCCAAUGUUGUCAUUAAGUUAUUACUGCCUUCUCUCUCUCUCUCUCUUUCUCUCUCUCUCUCUGUCUAUCUACCUCAGUGUUAAAGUACUUAACCUGACACUAUGCUGCAAGGGGAAAAGACAGUGUG